AUGGAAGAAAAGAAGUUUGUGUGUAGGUUUUGUUCCCGGAAGUUUCCUUGUGGUAAGUCUCUUGGUGGUCACAUAAGGACUCAUAUGAUGAGUGAGAAUGAAGAGAAAAGAAUGAUGAAUGCUCCUAGUAAUGGUGGUGCUGCUACUGUGUUUAAGUUUGAUGUUGCAAGAAAGAGAAAGAGAUCUGAAUUGGGGUCUAGUAGUGUUGGUGGAAGUGGUGGUGAUGAUGGAAACUACAUUUAUGGUCUUAGAGAGAAUCCCAAGAAAACAACUAGGUUUGUGCAUUCCAAUGCUGCUGCUGCUGUUGCUGCUACUGUUCAGGUUGAAAGAUUCUGCAAAAAUUGUGGAAAAAGUUUUACGUCGUUGAAAGCUAUGUGUGGUCACAUGGCUUCUCAUCCUAAGAGCUUACUUAAAGGCGUGUCUGGUGUCUGUCUCAGCCAGAAACACAAGUUGGUUAUAGAUAGUCAGUCGGAUACCGAGGAUUCGGUUCCGACUGAUACGCGGAAAUUAAAGAGAAUGAAGUUGAAGAUUCUUAGCAACGAUAACAGGCCGUCUUCGUCUUCGCCUCCAUUGGGAAAUUGCUCUUCUUCGAUCUCUGAGGUGGAUCAAAGUCCUGACGAAGUUGCUAGGACUUUGAUGAAGAUGUCUAGAGAUAAGGGUCGUUUUGCUUUGGUGAAGGAGUCUUCUGAUAACACCUCUGCUGUUGUUGAAGCGAAAUCGAAAUCGCCUACCAAGGUUGCUGCUAUGGAUCAUGGUAAGAGCAAUGUUGGAACUGAGAAGAAAGUGGUCAAGGUUAGGAACUUGAAGUAUUAUGAAGAAGAAGGUUAUGAUUCUCACAAUUCUGAUUCUGGUUAUUUCCUAUACGGUCCUAAAAAAGUAGAAUCAGAUGAUGCUUCAAGCGAGUGGUGCUUAGGGAACCGAUUUCAGAAUCAUGAUUAUGAAUCAAGUAAGAAGAUACAAAGCAAUAAGGGUUAUGAAAGAGAUAGUUUUUCUGAUGAUUCGGUUUAUGAGAGCGAUGAAAACAGCACUGACAGUGAUUCAUAUGCUGCUCCAAAGACACAAACCAACAAGAACAACAUGAAUGGAACAAAGAGUGGUAACAAGAAGUCAAGCUGCAAAGGAAAGAAGAAAAUGAAGUCAAAGAAAAACAAAGAACAUGACUGUCCACUCUGCGAGAGGAGUUUCAAGUCAGGACAAGCUUUAGGAGGUCACAAAAGAUCUCAUUUUGUUGGAGGCUAUGAUGAGAGCACUUUUGUCAUUAGGCCAGGUGGUUCUGCUGCUCAAGCUCCACCUCCCGCUCCGGCUCCGGCUCCAGCUAAUCCUGGCGUAAUUGAUUUUGAUCUUAAUCUACCAGCUCCUGAUGAUGAAUAA